AUGGUUAGUUCUACUAUUAUGGCUUCUUCCAAGAAUCCCCGCCUUAGACUUAGAGAUGUGGCUUUGUGCCGUCUGUUAUCUGUGGUGUUUGUUACUUUAUGCGGGGUUUUGCUUAUGAUUUUUCUUCUUACAUCAAAUUCAACAUCAAUUGGGACUCAUGAUAUUGACCAUGUUGAUCCAUACCAUCAUGACUUGAAGUUUGGAAAGUGGCAUGAUCUCCCCCAACAGAGUGACUUGUCACUCAGAUUGGAGAAGAUUAACGGGUUGCCUCCAAGAAACUUGGAUUUGUAUCCGACUCUCGCGAAGGAUCAUAUCAUUGUUGUUCUGUAUGUUCACAACCGGCCUCAAUAUCUGAAAGUGGUUGUUGAGAGCCUCUCACGCGUGGUGGGGAUCGGCGAGACCUUACUAAUUGUUAGUCAUGAUGGGUAUUUUAAGGAGAUGAACAAGAUCAUUGGUGGUAUCAGGUUUUGCCAAGUUAAACAGAUAUAUGCCCCCUAUUCUCCCCAUCUGUUUUCUGAUAGUUUUCCUGGGGUUUCGGCUAAUGACUGCAGGGAUAAAGAUGAUGCCAGAGAAAAGCAUUGCGAGGGGAAUCCUGAUCAGUAUGGAAACCACCGGUCGCCAAAGAUUGUAUCGCUGAAGCAUCAUUGGUGGUGGAUGAUGAACACAGUAUGGGAUGGAUUGAGAGAGACGAGGGAUCAUUCUGGUCAUGUUCUUUUCAUUGAAGAAGACCACUUCAUAUUUCCCAAUGCUUAUCGCAAUCUACAGGUCCUAACUUCGCUGAAGCCUAAUAAAUGUCCUAAUUGUUAUGCUGCUAAUUUAGCACCUUCUGAUGUGAGCUCAAGAGGUGAAGGGUGGGCAUCUUUGAUUGCUGAGAGAAUGGGCAAUGUGGGUUACUCUUUCAAUCGAACUGUUUGGAAGAAAAUACACAACAAGGCUAGAGAGUUUUGUUUCUUUGAUGACUAUAAUUGGGAUAUCACAAUGUGGGCAACUGUUUAUCCUUCAUUUGGUAGUCCUGUUUACUCGUUACGAGGUCCUCGGACAAGUGCAGUUCAUUUUGGGAGAUGUGGUUUGCAUCAGGGUCAAGGGGAGAAUAAGGCUUGCAUGGACAAUGGCAUGGUGAACAUUAAUGUAGAACUGCCUGACACAGUUUCUAACAUUGAAGUGCAUUGGAAAGUCCACACCUAUGAGAAUCAGCCUGGUUAUAAAGCAGGGUUUAAAGGUUGGGGAGGUUGGGGGGAUGAUAGAGAUCGCCACUUAUGUUUGAGUUUUGCCAACAUGUACCAAUCUACACGCACUGCAUCUCCAUCGUAA